AGCUUCCAUGGACGGCGAGCAGCGGCGGCAGCUCUCGGCUCUCCAUCAUCGUCUGCAGGAAAAUGCGAGCGGGGAGCGCUAAGAAAAUGCCAGCUGGGUCCGCCGCGCCUCCGCCGCAGACAUGAGCGGAGUCCCGCCCGCCUCCUCCAGCCGCAACAAGUCGCGCUCGCCAUGCGGAUCCACUGCAAAGUAGUUGUGAUCGCCGUGUGCCUCGGAGUUUUCCUACUUUUGUACUUUUUGGGGGGCAACGCCGCGGACGAUCCGCUGCUGAGAGAAGUUGGAGCGGAGCGGCAGGAGCAGCGGCAGCGGGGCGAGAAGAAGGGGGAUCCGGGGGAUCCGGAGGGUCCCGGGGACGCCAGGGCUCCUCCGUCCCCCUCCGAGCUCGGGCGCGAUGUGGCCGCGAAGUUUGCCCGGAAAUCGCCCGCUGGAGUCGGCGUGCGCGCAGAGGAGCCCCCGAGGGGACGGAAAGAGGCGAGGGCGGUCAACAGAGGGGGCAACGCCAAGAGUAAACCUCGGGGCAACGCGGCCCGUCCUAUGACCAGGCGCGCUCGGGCAGAGGAGGUCAUGCACCUGGCUGUGGUGGCCUGUGGGAGCCGCCUGGACGAGACGGUCACCAUGAUCAAAUCGGCCGUCCUGUUCAGCCUGAAGAAGAUCAAGGUCCACAUCUUCGCCGAGGACCCCUUGGCUCCGCAGUUUGAGGAGAAGCUGCACCAGUGGCCUCGCUCCAUCUCAGCCAAGUUCCAGUACAGCAUCUACCCCAUCUCCUUCUCCGUGGGCAACGCCGACGAGUGGAAGAAGCUCUUCAAGCCCUGCGCCGCCCAGCGGCUCUUCCUCCCCGUCAUCCUGAAGGAUGUGGACUCGCUGCUGUACGUGGACACGGACGUCCUGUUCCUGCGGCCCAUGGACGCCAUCUGGAGCCUCCUCAGGUCCUUCAACCGGACCCAGCUGGCCGCCAUGGCGCCGGAGCACGAGGUGCCCAAGAUCGGCUGGUACAGCCGCUUCGCGCGCCACCCCUUCUACGGGGUGACGGGGGUCAACUCCGGGGUGAUGCUGAUGAACCUCACCAGGAUCCGCAGCACGCUGUUCAAGAACAGUAUGAUUCCCGGCGGCCUGUCGUGGGAGGAUCUGCUCCAUCCGCUGUACCAGAAGUACAAGAACCACAUCACCUGGGGGGACCAGGACCUGCUCAACAUCAUCUUCCACUACAACCCAGAGUGUCUGUUCAUCUUCCCCUGCCAGUGGAACUACCGGCCCGACCACUGCAUGUACGGGAGCAACUGCAAGGGCGCCGAGGAGGAGGGCGUGUCCAUUCUCCACGGCAACCGGGGGGUGUACCACGACGACAAGCAGCCGGCGUUCAAGGUCGUCUACGACGCCAUACGAGACUUUCCCUUCGAGGACAACAUGUUCCGGUCGCUCUUCUACCCCAUCCAGACCAAGUUCCUGGACACGGUCAACACGCUGUGCGGACGCAUUCCCCAGGUCUUCCUCAAGCAGGUGGAGAAGACCAUGAGGAAGAUGUUCGAGGAGAAGGUGGUGCACCACGCCCGGCCGCACAACUAAGGAGAGAGGGAGGGCGAGGACUCUCACCUGGAGGAGAGGUGGAGCGCCCAGCCCGGCGCUCAUAGAAAAAAUGUGGGAAUGUGGAAAAACGGCAGCGGAAGACUCAACCGCUGCUUCUUCUCCGUCAACAUGCGUAAAAACUCUGCCGUCAUCUCAAGAGGGGAAGAAAAACUUCCGGAACUGUUCUUGCAACUUGGGAGAACGACUUGAAGCAGUCGAUCCAGGAACCACUCCUCUAAGAUCGUGAAUGUUCUACCUUGUAAUGUGAGCCUGCGUGAACCAGAAGACUUGGUGGUUUUGUUCUGCAGCCGCCUAAAGAAACCACUGACAGUAUUACUAAAUACAGCACAGCAGUUUAAAAAAAGAAAAAGUUGAGUAUCGAAUGUGACAAUGCACUUUGAGAAUGAUUUUAGGACUGGAUUUUAUUUGUAUACAUGUAAAAUGCAAGAUUUUCUGACUGGAUGGAAACCAAAAGUGCUAGCAGUUAAAAAAGAAAUCAUAUCAGAAGUGAUUAUGUGCCAUAUAAAUGUUCAUGUCUGCCAUGUUUACCUUUGAAAGGAAGUGAGUGGGACGGAAAUCGGUCUCUCCAGGAUCUCUCAAUCUCUGUGGUUUUUACAGCCAGAUUCUCAAACUUCACGGAUGAUCAGAUAUUCUUAUCAUAAUGGGGAAUAUUGACCACACGAAUUAUGUAAUUAUGUGAAUACUGAGGCAUUCACCUCUUUAUUUUCCUGUUUAUUUUUUUUAUUUCAUUUUUUAACCUGUCCAGCAUGGACGCAGCAGAAUGGAGGUCUGGCUGCUGUUGUGUUCCAGACAGAUUUGCUCUUCCAAGAGGAGCUCAUAAGCAUAAAGCUCCUCUUUUUAACAUGCUUCCUUACUUUAUUUAUUUUGAGUACUGAUGCAUGAUAUUGCUGGACCUGACAGGGGGGCAAGAAGAUUGGUAGGGAGACAGAGAGUGAAAGAAACAAGUGAACAGACAAGCAGACAACAACAAAACAAAGAGUGAAGAGAAGGAAGAGAGAGCAAAGAUACAAUGGUCUUUUGAGCGGCUACUGCACCUGCACAAAGGUGUGACAGAGGACAUCCUAUGGACUUUUGCUGGAGAUUAUAGCUGGUAGCAAACUGGGGUGUGAAGCUGAGGAUCCAGGUAUGAAAUUACACCAGAGCAUCAGGAGAGGCCUAAUACAGAUAACGAUUAGUCGAACCCACCACAAGACAAUGUGGCCGAGUCCACAUGCAGAAUAUGAAGAGCGAUUAAAGAUCAGCGUGAUCAUGCAAAUGUGAUAGUGAUCAUGCAUAUAUGACCUCUGACCCCUGAGAAGACCAGAAGCAGGCUGGAGAGGCCCUCAGACAAGCGGCAGCCAUCCCGGAGCCCAGAUCCGAGCUCCUCCCCCAGGCAGACGUCCACACACCGGUCCAGACAGGGGCAGAGGAAGGCCCCUGGCAGCCACUGGGCCUGGGCCCCAGGGGACCAAGACCGACAGGCCCCCCCAAGGGUAUCACAGCCCCCCCAAAACUUUCCCGUCCCCCUCCCUCCUCCCUGCCCCUCCCUCCAGCCACAAAACGCAGGUAAAUUCCUUGUGAUGUUCACAGUGCUUUCAUUUUGUCUCUGUCUCAAACAGCUCUCUCUCCACAUGUUUGAGGAGAAUGCAGAAUAUUCUCCCAUCCGCUCCAGUGCAUUUUGGAGAGAGACUUUCUCGCUGAAAUCCAAAAAUUCACACGUUUUUACAAACUCGCUGUGGCUAUAUGGAUGAUCCUACUGACAGCUAUUUUUAACUCAAAAUUGCUUUCAGCGUUUUUCAAGGUUUUUUUUUUUAGCUUUUUUUCAACUUUUUGAGCUUUUUUUGAAACUUUUGAAACUUUUUACCUUAUUGGAGCUUUUAUUCAACUUUUUCAGCUUUUUUCAACUUUUCUUCUUGAGCUUCUUCUGCAUUACAAUAUAGCAUUUUCAGCUCAGCGUUCACACUUGCCUUUUCUUAAGGAGAUGCAAAUUUUUAGUUGCUACAAUGAUGAUGCCAUAUUAAAAAAAAAAGCCACAACUACAUGUUUCAGGAUUAUUGGAGGCCAUGUGACUGCAAUACUACGCACAAGCUACAUUCCCCUUAAACGUUGACACAACACAGAAUUAGUGACAGUGGAGACAACGUGCAACGCCUUCCAGCAUUUUAAUGUGGGGGAAGAAAAAAAAAAACAGCAGGAAAAUAAAAUUGGAAGCACCUGUAAAUGUUCAGAGGUUUGAGGGGAUUUCU